UUGCCUGCCUGGUGUUGCUUUUGCAUCCAUGUGCUGAAGUCACUUCAAAUCCAUCACCUCUCGCUGUAUAGUUGUCAGGCACCCUAAGCGUAUCCCCGGAAAGGUAACCGAGUUGCUGCUGCGUCGCUCUUGCUCCAGCUUAUUUGAAGGCAGAUGUGUAAUGAUCUGUAGGGAUGAAACCUGUUGGCAUUCCAGAGGAGCAGCUGGUGGCUUUGAUCUUGCUAACUAGCAAUGAUUCAAGUCUUGCAGAUUGUGAAAGAGCUGGUGUCACCAGCACGACGUAGAACGGACUCUGCAAAGAAAGGUUCUGAUGCUGAGCAGGAUGCUGCUAUCAAACUUGCCAAAGAACGAGCUGAUAUAGUUGCCAAGUAUGACAGAGGCCGUGAAGGUGUGCAGAUUGAGCCUUGGGAAGAUGCAGACUACCACCUUUACAAAGUUACUGACAGAUUUGGUUUCCUGCACCAAGAGGAGUUACCUGCCCAUGAUGCAGCAACGGAGAGGCAAAAGCAGCUUGAAAUUGAAAGAACUACAAAAUGGCUGAAGAUGUUGAAAAGCUGGGAGAAAUACAAGAACACAGAAAAGUUUCAUAGGAGAAUUUAUAAAGGAAUUCCACUGCAGCUGAGAGGUGAAGUCUGGUCUUUGUUGCUUGAUGUCCCUAAAAUGAAAGAAGAAAUGAAAGACUAUUAUAAUACCUUAAAAACCCAAGCAAGAGGUACCUCACCAGAUAUCAGGCAGAUUGACCUUGAUGUAAAUCGGACAUACCGGGAUCAUAUCAUGUUUAGAGACCGAUACGGAGUUAAACAACAAGCUUUAUUCCAUGUUUUAGCUGCAUAUUCUGUGUAUAAUACGGAAGUUGGAUAUUGUCAGGGAAUGAGCCACAUCACAGCUUUACUUCUUAUGUAUAUGAAUGAAGAAGAUGCCUUCUGGGCCCUGGUGAAACUCUUCUCAGGACCCAAGCAUGCUAUGCAUGGUUUUUAUAUUCCGGGUUUCCCCAAGCUGUUGAGAUUUCAAGAGCAUCACGAGAAAAUAAUGAAGAAAUUUUUGUCUAAGCUAAAGCAGCAUUUUGACUCCCAGGAAGUCAACACUACAUUUUACACAAUGAAAUGGUUUUUCCAGUGUUUCCUUGACCGUACUCCCUUUACAUUAACCCUCAGGAUCUGGGAUAUCUACAUACUUGAAGGAGAACGGGUUCUCACUGCGAUGUCUUAUACCAUUUUGAAACUGCACAGAAAACACCUGAUGAAAUUGCAAAUGGAAGAACUCGUGCAAUUUCUUCAGGAGACCCUCGCCAAAGAUUUCUUCUUUGAAGAUGACUUCGUAAUAGAUCAGCUCCAGAGUUCCAUGGCGGAGCUGAAACGAGCAAAGUUGGACCUGCCAGCAGCAGGUAAAGAUGACGAACUUCCAAAGAAGUUGGGGAAAGUUCCGCUCGAAACUCAGCCUGCCAUGCUUAAUCUUACUCAUCUGGUCAAUGGGCAGAGCGGCACCAGUGCAGCAAGCAAUGGCCGGGCUAGCCAGAGGGGAGGACGCAGAGCAUCUGUAGAGAGAGGCCAAGAAGGCUCACCAGGCCACCGGAGGAGAAAGGAUUCACUGGAAAGGAGACAGCAAAAGCCUGCAACGGCUAAUGUGCGGAAGCAUGACUUGGAGAGCCCCAGGAGAAAACCUGAAGUUCAGCCAGAGUCUGACGCCAAGCAAAAUUAUAAUGCAUCUGCUAACCAAAAUUCCAACGCUACUUUAAAUACAGGAAAGGAAUUUGUGCCCAGGUGGAUUAAGCCUUCGGACGUCAAAAUCAUUGAAAAGACUGCAAAGCUGACCAUGGAGAUCAAGAUUCGAUCUGCAAACCAUGCCAGUUCGGGAAUGCCACCGAGUCCUGGGCCUGAGGGGCAGGCAUUCAACGUGAAGCAAAAGAUCAGGGCUUUGGAUGUUGAUGAGGGUAAGCGAGAGUCUAAUGCGUCGCAGUAUGACAAUGUGCCUGGCGGUGACCCAGAGAACGACAAUUCUGUGGAAGAGGUGCUAGAAAGGGCAAUCCUGCAAAGUCCGAGGAACACAGCUUACUCCCUCGGUUCAAGGAAGUCGACAGAGAAAACAUCUAGUCCACCAAAAAUAUCCAACAGUUAUGCCUUCAGCUCACAACCAAGAGCCCCCAGAUUCUCUUCCCAGUCUGAUGGGGCAGAUAUUGGACAUAACAUCAAGCCGCCGCCACCAUCUUACAGUAACCCACCUGUUUACCAUGGAAAUUCCCCAAAGCAUGUUACCAGCAUGGUUCAUUCCAGCUUCGUAGCCACACAGUAUAAUUACGGGAAUCGAACCGGCUCUCCCAGCCGGCCAUACAUCCCUGAACUUCCAACAGAGAUGUUUACUGAUAGACCACAUAGAAAUUACACUGCCAACCACCAACAUGUGGUUGUGACUCCUUCUAGUCGAAUCGAAGUCCUCCCAGUUGAAACUUAUGCAAGCAAACCUAAGUCGCCCAACGCCACCAGAUUUGUAAUCCCCCCAGCAGAUUAUUUGCCAGACAGUAGAAAGUGGCCUGAUCCUUACAUGCAGUCCUGGAGCCAAGAUGGUAGCCGAAGCCACUUGGCUAACUUGAGGAGAUACCCGCCUUUUCAGUCGACACCUGUUAAAGAACAUAAUCUCUCCACCAUUUCAGUGGAUAGCCCUAUAAGAUACAGGACUUCCCCACCCUCUGAAGACCUCGGCUUGCCACACUACCAGUAUCCCAGUUCCCCAAGCCCUGCACACCACUACAGACACCAGACUGACGGGUUGUCCAUGCAUGAAUCAGUCCUGCUUUGAGAAACGACAUGUGCUCACCUGAAAGACCAGGGGAAGAGAAUGCAAUGGUUGCACGUCUGGUGGUCAUCCAAGAUUCAUGAUCUUCAUGCAGGACAAUUCAGAUAAAGGCAUAUGCAAACUGACACUAUUUCACAGCUGUGUUAAAUGUUGACGAAAGCUGAAAGUGAGCGUUGAAAACGGACAGAAGAGGUUGGAUUCUCAUAAACAUAGCAAUACGUUUGUAUGUUCAGCGUGACUACCAUGGCGGUUGUUUGUUACGUUCGUGUAGCUAAUUGAGCAAAUGACCCUGUUGUCUAAAACCUCAGUAAGCUGCUUUUUGACCUGGCACUACAAUCGAUUGUGUGUUCACGUUUGGCAACAGAAUUACAGAGUCUAAAAUGGAGGCGUGUGUAUUCAUGGACUGCAUCCACAAAGUACUUUUUAUUUCUUCUCUCUCUCUUUUUUUUUUUUUGGUUAACUUAAUUUAUAAACCACCCCAUUCACUUGGGAUGGGGGUUUAUCGACAUUCUUCUAUACAUUGUCUCAGUAACCCAGGAGUGAGCAUUCUGGGUUAUCCAGAGCAGAGAUGCUACUGCCUAUGGCUCAGAAAGGACAAGGUUUGACACCCAAAGCAAAGGCAUUCUGAUACAGCCAAUAAAUGGUGCUUAUUCUAUCAGGACUGUCUGCGAAUUGUAGCAUGUGUCUAGGAUGUCGAUGGUAUUUGAGCCCGCCAUCCACAUUUGCAUAUCCAAAGGCAGUUCUGCAGUGCGUUAGGUCUUCAUUUUUAAAUCUCAAAUGUGUGUUUUGAUGGAGGGGAGGGCAGAGGUGCAAUCAAAUACAAUAUGUGCAUCAUUUGCACACAGAACUGCUAAUAUACCGCGAGUGUCAGUGACUACAGAAUAUUUGGAAUACAGAUAUUUGGAACGUAUGCUUGGCAAAUGAUGGGUUUGUGCUGGCCCACGCAACUCUUGCCUGCCUUUUGAGUGCUGGAUUUCACGUUUGCAUCUGGGCCUACACACAUGGAGUCCAAUGCAUGUUGGUCCCUAGGAUCCGUACCCUUCAAAUCUGAUGGCUUGCAGAGCACAUGCUUCAGGUCCACGUGGGCCGGGCACUGUGUGUGUGCAGCCUGAUUCAAACACGAAAGCAAGCAUGUCAGCUGCAGGUGGGAGUGAGCAUGCUGCGAUGUGGUAUCCUCCUCCUGCGUCACACAAACGUUCUGUACACCCACAGAGGGCUACCUGAAAUGCAGCCAGAAAGCAACUUUUGUUUAAUGGGUUCAUUAAGCGAGUUGCUUUUGACCAUGGUGGCUGCAUUUCAGGGCUUUCUGUAAAUACACAAAAAAGUGCAACACGAACAGCGUUUAAUGGACAGAUUAAAAGGUGUCUUUCCUAGAGAUGGCAUUUCCCUUCAUCAGCCCCAACAAAGAGGGUUUGAUCCCCUGAAAAGCACCGGCUAUUCCUGUAAUAAUAAGAGUUUUUCAGAACCAACUCUGAGAAACCAAGACGCUUUUAUCGCUCUUUGUCGUGUACACCAUUGAUGUUGCCUUUUGUGUCUGGCACCAUCACACCCAUUGUUCUUUUGAGUGUACCAGAGGCACAGUCUGCCAGGAAUGCCUAUUAAUUUUCACUGUGGCUUAACCAGAGGGUGUUUCUGGUGGGCCGC